CCAUGGAUGAUCGUUUGAUUGAAUUGUAUAAAGUAAAAGCAUGGUAAUCUAGAUGUCUGGCAGAUAAGAUUCAUUUUAAUUGAACAAUUCCAAUUCUUCUUAGGAUGAUGAUUUUAUGCCUUAAUUCUCUGCGAAAAUAAAAAAGGCACAAUAGUGUUUAGAAAGAAUCAAAGAAAAUAAUCUAAGAAUGUAGGAAAUGUCAGAGAAAUAUUCUAGAGCUACUACAUCUUAUGUUGAAAAAGGUAUAUAUAAAUAAUUGAAAUCUUUUAGAGUUAUCAAGAGAAUUAGAAUAAAUUAUGGUGUAAAAUUAACAAUUUAGUAACUAAUUAAAAGAAGCAAUGAAAGAUAUUAAAGAAGAUGUUGAAAGAAGUGAAAGAGAUGAGAAAGUAACCUAUUUUGUAUUAUAAGAGGAUCAACCUGAAACCUAAAUGAAAAUUAAUCAGAGAAAUGCAUUAACUAGUAAAGUUUAAGAAGUUUUACAUGCUUCUUCUUAAAUUUCAAUAAAAUAUAAGACUUGUGUGAGAGAGAAAAUCAGAAGGUAAACUAAGAUUUUAGAUGAAAAUGCAACAGAAGAGUUUUUAGAUGAAAUAUGCAAUGAUCCAUAAGUAUGUAUAUUUUAUCGAAAAUAAUAUUAGAAAGCAACAUAAUUAUUAUAAGGAAAACUAUAUGGAGAAGCUCCUUCUAUUGGUCUCACUAAUGCAGUUUCAGAUAUAUAAGAAAAAUAUAAAGAUAUUCAAUAAUUGGAAAAAGUAAAUUCUUUAAACAUAUAUUAGUCAGUUGAAUUAGUAUAUUAAUUAUUUGUUGAUUUAGCAAUCUUAGUUCAUGCUUAAGGUUAAUAAAUCGAUAAUAUAGAAAUAAGUCUAGGAUCAGCCAAAACUUAUGUUGGUAAGGCAGAAAAAAGUCUUGUAGAAGCAAAGGAUGAUCAUUAAUCAGCUAGAAAGGUAUUAAUGUAUGCCAUUCUUAUUAGAAAAUAUGUUGUAUUAUCUUAAUAGGUGUAGUAAUCUUGGCUGUUAUUAUUGGACCUAUAGUUGCGACGUCAUGA